UAAAGUUCAGCGCGAUGACGAAGGCAGGGGGAAAAUCACAAGUGAAUGGAUCUGUGUAUGAGAAUGAGGAUUUUGUUUAUUCAUACGGAUGGAAUCGUGUCAUGAUGCACGCGAUUGGGGGCUGGCCUGAGGACAAUGACAACUUCUUCAUGAGGAAUCGAAUAUUCUUGAAUGGGCUCGCUCUUUUUCUUUUUAAUAUUCUACCGCAGUCGGCUAGUGUACCAGUGUUUCGGGGAGAUCUCAAUGCUCUCAUCGAGUGUUUGUCCGUGAAUUUGGCUAUAAGUCUUUCACUUCUGGAGCUAGUUUGGCUUGGCAUUCAGCGACCCACUGUUCAGAAAUUACUGAAGAUGAUGGCUGAAGAUUGGUUGAUGGAGAGAACAGUUGAGGAGCACGAGGAAAUGAUGAAGAUGACGAAAAUUAUCAGAUUGAUUUCGUCCCUCAGUUUUUACGGGACUAUUUGCCUCUUUAUAGUAUUCGUUUCUGUGCAGAUACUAGCAGGAUUGGCACUCAGAAAUGAUCCUAACGUCGAUCCAAGAUUAUCAAUUGGUUUUCUCUACAGUUGCGUUUUUCCUUUCGAUACUUCAUCACGGUCUGUUUUCAUCCCGAUCUGGAUAGGCCAAUUUUUCUGCACUUAUAUAUCAAUGGCUGGGUACUCUUCACCUGUUAGCUUCUUAGGAAUGUUUGUAUUCCAUCAGUGUGGUCAACUGAAAUUACUGCGUCUCAGAUUAGAGGGAAUUGUUGAUAAUGAAACUAUGGGAAAUCCCCGUGAAUUCUGGAGAAGACUCGGGAAAAUUGUCGAGAGACAUGAGCAGCUCAAUGAACGAACAUCAGAGAUCGAGGAGAACUUCAAUAAAAUUUUUCUCGCUGCCGCAAUAGAUUGCAUUUUCGUCACAUGUACUCAAGGUUUCGCGGUAAUCACGGUGUUGCAAACUGAAGGAGAUUUUCCAGUGUUCCAGAUGAUUUUUCUAUUCGUCUUCACUACUUAUGAUUUGGGCCACUUUUUUGUAUACUGUCUGGCAGGAGAUAUAUUGAUGACUGAGAGCUCAAAUUUUGGUGUUUCUCUAUACAACAGUCAAUGGUACAAGCUGGCUCCUAACGAAGUGAAAGCAGUUCUCAUCUUCACCAGUCGAUGCAUCCUGCCGCAAAAAAUAACUGGGGGAAAAUUCACAGCUCUGUCACUUCCCCUUUUUGCAAACAUCGUCAAAACAGCAGCCAGUUAUCUAUCAGUACUACUCGCCAUGAAGGUGUAA